AUGCAUGGUGGCAAUGUUGUAUUGCAAUUAACGCUCCUCGUUCUUCAUGCCCGCGGUAACUUGGUCUACUCGGCGCUUGGCAGCUACAAUGGCUUGAUCCACAUUAUUCUGCUCGUCAGCGACCUCGUGCAUCGCAUCGACCAUCUUGGCCGCAUAGUAGUGCCAUUCGUAACGCUCGGGCUCGGCUUUCUUCAGCAUAGCUUAGUCGACCUUGUCGUGGAGAGCCUGAAUUUCGCAGUUGUGCCUGCUGAUGAGUUGAUUCGCAGAGUCCCUGACGCCCUGAUUAGUUAUUCCUGUCCAAGCCGCUUUGCUGGCGUCGAGGUCCCCUUGUAUUGGUCGACGCCCGCGAGUAUUGCUUUCUGUUCGGCCUCCUGA